GUCAAGUUCUGCCUGGGCUCCGUGCAGAAGUCCGUUCUCAAAGAUUGGUUCCGUCUGCUUCCUCUGCCCUCUUCAGGAGAGGACGCUGGGGAAAAACUGGGUCAGCUAAGGUUGCAGGUUCGGCUUGCUGAAGACAGGAUCCUGCCUUCCAGUUACUAUCAACCCCUGAUAGACCUCCUUGUGGAAUCUGUCUUGUGUCCUCCAGAGGAGGCCGAUGACCUCACCCCACUCGCCCUUCUGGAAGAAGUAUGUUUGGUGGAGAGUCGUCAAGAUGUAUCCACCAAGCUUGUCAAGAUCUUCCUUGGGCAAGGCCUGGUUAUCCCUUUCUUGGAUUACCUGAAUUUCCGUGAGAUUUCAAGAACAAUGGAUCCCAACACUCUCUUCCGUUCCAACUCCUUAGCCUCCAAAUCCAUGGAGCAAUUCAUGAAGAUAGUGGGAAUGCCCUACCUCCACGAAGUUUUAAAAGUUAUCAUACAUCGGAUCUUUGAAGAGAAGAAGUAUGUGGAACUCGAUCCCUGCAAGAUUGAACCUAGCCGGGCCAAGCGGAUCUCCUUCAAAGGCUCCCUGUCUGAGGCCCAGAUCCGAGAAGGCAGUUUGGAAGUGCUGAAGGGGUAUUUGGCAGAGAUCGUGGACGCCAUUGUGGGUUCAACCGAGAACUGCCCUCCGCUCAUGCGAGUGGCUUUCAAACAGCUGUACAAGCGGGUGGAGCUACGCUUUAAGGAAGCAGAGCACCAGGAAGCCAAAUAUAUCGCCAUCAGUGGUUUCCUCUUCCUCCGUUUCUUCGCCCCUGCAAUUCUAACCCCGAAACUCUUCAGUCUCCGAGACCAUCAUGCAGAUACGCAAACCAGCAGGACUCUCUUACUUCUGGCCAAGGCAGUACAAAGCAUUGGCAACCUCGGGCUCCAGCUGGGGCAUGGGAAGGAGCAGUGGAUGGAGCCUCUACACCCCUUCAUCCUUGCCAGCAUUGGGCGUGUCCAAGAAUUCCUCGAUAGACUCAUAGAUGUGGACAUGGAGAUGGAAGGAAGCGAAAAACAACCUUGGACCCUCUUCCACUCUUCGGCCAUCAUCAAAGAAGGUUACCUGCAGAAACGUAAAGCAGAAGGGGUCCACCUGGUGUCCCGUUUCACCUUCAAAAAGCGGUACUUCUGGUUGAGCCAUGAAAGCUUUUCCUAUUCCAAAUCUCCAGAGUGGCAGGUCCGUACAGCCAUUCCAAUCCAACGAAUCUGCGCUGUGGAACGGGUGGAUGAAAAUGCUUUCCAGCAGCCCCACGUGAUGCAGAUCGCGACGAGAGAAACGGGGGGCCAGCUGUUUACCAUGUACAUUCAGUGUAAGAACGUCAACGAGCUCAACCAAUGGCUUUCCGCCAUCCGAAAAGCCACCGUCUCCAAUGAAUGCAUGCUGCCCUUUUGCCACCCGGGGGCCUUCAGAGGCAAUCGCUGGACUUGUUGCUUGCAGACGGACCGGGCCGUUCGGGGAUGCAGCCGUACGCAUUCUGCAGUGACCCUGGGCGAUUGGAGUGACCCACUGGAUCCCGACGCAGAAGCUCAGAUGGUGUACAAGCAGCUUUUGUUGCAUAAAGACAAGCUCAGGGAAAAGUACCAGGAGAUUUCCAACACGGAGGCUACGCAGGAACAAAGCAGUACAGCCAAAAAAGCUUCAGACAAAAACCAGCGAAGGUUGACUGCAGCUGCCCAUCUUCUAGAAGUCAUCCAAGGACUGGAGCAGGCCCACAAGGCUUUUGAACAUCAAGAAGAUGGAGAGAAACCAGGGACUGGCACUGGCACGCUCCCACCCUCCUAGGUGUCAUCUCCCGUUGGGACCCAGGUUGUUUUGUCUGUGUUGUCAUGAUGACGUCGUCUUUACGUCUGUUUGGAGGAGAAAGCAACUACCUACACUGCAUUUUAUGCUCUUGCUGAACAAUGAAGGAAAACAAGAGACUGAGAAGAACGUGGCAGAAAUUAAAACGCCUUUCUGUUCAACCGGUGUUCACACGAAUCUUUCUCAGAAAAAUAGGAUGCGAGUCCAGGUUUCUGCUUACCACAGAGAUGGAUGGAAGUUCGUUCCUCUGGCCCACAAGUCUCCUGUAGCCUAGAUUGUGGGUCUGGGCACCAUCGUUAAUGGUGAAGAUCUCUCUCUCUCUCUCUCUUUUCAUUAUCUUCGUUUAGCAACCCCGUAAUCCCUUGCAGAGAGUGUUUACUGGCCAGAUGCCCUUCCUGUUGCCAGUACAGAGUUUUGUUCAGCAGAUAUAUUCUCAUUGUGCCCAGAAAGAGAAAUAUCUGGCUCUACCUAGGAUUGAACUCACAGCCUCCUGAUUGUGAGGCGAGAGCUCCACCGCUAGGCCACCACACCACUCCUUAGCGCUCUCUCUCUCCCCCCCAUCUCUCUCUCUCUCUCUCUCUCUCUCUCUCUCUCUCUCUCUCUCUCUCUCUCUCUCUCUCUCUCUCUCUCUCUCUCUCUCUCUCUCUCUCUCUCUCUCUCUCUCUCUCUCUCUCUCUCUCUCUCUCUCACACACACACACACACACACACACACAAAGUUUCUAAUCUUUAUCACAGAAUAAGCUUGAAAAUAUUGGGGAGGAAGGUCCAAUCAUGAGAAGAGAGGCUGAUGGUUGCACAACGUUUUCAGAGGGGCUGAAUAAACUCCCUCUGUAACUCUUUGAGCUGUUCUUCUGGGCUGGUAAAAUGCGGGCUACGUAAGCAAACUUUGAAAACUGGAGAAUAAAGUCAUAUAAAAUGUGGAAAUCGU